AUGUUUGUUACCGGUACCGACGAGGAUGCCGUUCGUGCGCACUACUUGUACGGCGGGCGCAUCGAUAGCGCUCAAAUAAGACCGUUGCCGUGCGCGCCGGGCGAACCGGUGAGAGUAGCCCGGUACAUCCGGCGAAAUAUCCAAGAGGACGAGGGAGGAGAACGGCUCGAGUCGAUAAACAUUGAGGAGCGACAACCGCCGAUCCCGGAGCCGGUGUCGGUCAUCCAGUCCGGGACGUCGCCGGCCGUUCGUAAACUACCGGCGGACGUGACCCGGACGACGGCGCGGGCUCGCGUCCGUCAAUUAUUACCGUCGACCGGGUUCAACAGGCAACCGGCAGCGGUACCGUGCACUAAAAGGCGCCCGCCCGCCUAA